CAUAUCUCCCGAGAUUUGAAGACCAAACGCUACGACUUCUCCUCUCCUGUGAAGAUGGCCGAAUCGUUUGCAGCGAUGAGACAGGAGUUAAACAGCAGAGCAGUAGAAGCCGCCAGGAGGGGAUUUGAACAAUUUGUGCAGAUUGUGGACCGUGACCACCAGAGCAUGAGCAGCUGCCUGAAGGUGAAGCCUGAAAAGAUGCAGCAACGCCUGGAGAGGAAACACCAGGAGCUGCUGGAGCGCUGCCAGGGGGAGCUGCUGGGCGAGGACCCCCAGAAACAGGCGGCCCUGGAGGAGCUGAAGCAGGAGCUGGACAGGCAGAUGGACCAGUUCCUGUCGGACUACAAGCAGCGCUAUGAAGUGAAGAAGGCCGUGCGGUUGGGCCUGGUCGUCGGGGGGAGCACCCUGGCUGUGGUGGGCGCGGGUGUUGGGGCGGGCAUUGGCGUGGGCGUGGCUGCCGCUGUGGUGGCUGUGGAGGAAGGAUUGGCUAUCGGGCUCGGGGCCGUGAGCUGUACCAUGCUUGGGGGAGGUGUGGGCAGCAAGCUGGGGGCCUGGUUAGGAGAGAAGUUUGCCUGGAAGAACACAGACAGCAACACUCCAGGGCAGGAGGGCAAGGGGGAGGGCGGGGGAGGGUGUUCGGAUCAGGAGCCCCUGCUGCAGGGUGGGACAUAG